AUGUGGAUUCUGAACAAAAAGCACUGGCAUCGACAGGUGGAAGAAGUGUUCAAGCAGCAUGCGACUGGUUGGCUCUUCUCCCACGUGGGUGACCCGUUCCUGGACGACCCCCUGCCCCGGGAGUACGUCCUGUACCUGCGCCCCACGGGCCCCCUGGCUCAGAAGCUCUCUGACUUCUGGCAGCAGUCAAAGCAGAUCUGUGGGAAGAACAAAGCUCACAACAUUUUCCCACAUAUCACCCUGUGCCAGUUCUUCAUGUGUGAGGACAGCAAGGUGGAUGCUCUCACAGAAGCCCUGCAGGCCACCGUGAUGCGCUGGAAAUGCAAAUUCCCUGCCCCCCUGCCCCUGGAGCUCUACACAUCCUCCAACUUCAUCGGGCUCUUCGUCAAGGAGGAGAGUGCUGAGGUGCUCAAGAAGUUUGCUGCAGACUUUGCUGCAGAAGCAGCUUCAAAAGCAGAUGUCCACGUGGAGCCCCACAAGAAGCAGCUCCACGUGACACUGGCCUAUCACUUCCAGAGCAGCCACCUGCCCACGCUGGAGAAGCUGGCCCAGAACAUUGAUGUCAAGCUGGGCUGUGACUGGGUGGCCGCGAUCUUCUCCCGAGACAUUCGCUUCGUCAACCACGAGACUCUGCAGGUGAUCUACCCCUACACCCCCCAGAACGACGAUGAACUGGAGCUGGUCCCGGGGGACUUCAUCUUCAUGUCCCCAGUGGAACAAACCAGCACAAGUGAGGGCUGGAUUUACGGCAUUUCCCUCGCAACCGGCUGCUCGGGGCUGCUGCCCGAGAACUACAUCACCAAGGCGGACGAGUGUGGCACCUGGGUGUUCCAUGGGUCCUACUCAAUCCUGAAUACUACAUCCUCCCCAUCCCUUCAAGGCUUCACUGAUGGAGCUCUGGAGAGAAGACAGCAGGAAGACCAAGGACCUGGGGAUGCAGGGCCACUCACCAUCAUCUGCCAGAACGUGCAGCCCCUGAGGAUAACCAGCCAGCCAGGGCCUCAGAAACGCUGCCUGUUUGUCUGCAGGCACGGGGAGAGGAUGGAUGUAGUUUUUGGGAAGUACUGGCUGUCCCAGUGUUUCGAUGCCAAAGGAAGGUACAUGCGCAGCAACCUGAACAUGCCUCACAAUUUACCUCAGAGGAGUGGUGGGUUCAGGGACUACGAGAAGGACGCUCCCAUCACCGUGCUGGGCUGCACGCAGGCCAGGCUGGUUGGUGAAGCCUUGCUAGAAACUAAUACCAUUGUAGACUACAUCUACAGCUCCCCAUCCCUGAGGUGUGUGCAGACAGCACACAACAUCCUGAAAGGUAUGCAGCAGGAGAACAACCUGAAAAUCCGGAUAGAGCCAGGCUUGUUUGAGUGGACCAAGUGGGUCUCUGGGAACACACUACCUGCCUGGAUCCCCCCUGUGGAUUUAGCUGCAGCUACUCUAAGCGUUGAUACAACCUACAGACCUCAUAUUCCUGUCAGCAAGUUGGUGGUUUCUGAAUCUUAUGACACCUACAUAAGCAGAAGCUACCAAGUAACAAAGGAAAUCAUCAGUGAAUGUAAAGGCAAAGGAAAUAACAUCCUGAUAGUGGCCCAUGCAUCCUCCCUGGAGGCCUGUACCUGCCAGCUCCAAGGGCUGUCUCCACAGAACUCCAAGGACUUCGUGCAGAUGGUCCGAAAGAUUCCAUACCUGGGGUUUUGCUCCUGUGAAGAACUGGGAGACACGGGUGUUUGGCAGCUCACAGACCCCCCCAUCCUCCCUCUCACACAUGGACCCACUGGAGGCUUUAACUGGAGAGAAACCUUACUGCAGGAAUAGGCAAAGCCACCCCAGCCAGGAAAACCCAACCCAUGGCCUUUGGAAGCGUUGGAGAAUGUCUCUUCUCUCUUGUGUUUUAUUGACAGUGGAAAAAACAGUCAUCCCAUGCCCAGGGGGUCACCCAAGCAGCUGUCCUGGUCUAUCUCACACAGCCACAGUCACACAAAGAGUCUCAUCUACGGCUAAAAUGCAAAAAGGGACUGAUUUCAGGGGGAAAAAAGGUAUUAAAAUACAGGUUUGAAGGUCUUGCACAGCACAGAGUCUGUGCUGAGCCACAUUCCCACCUCAGAGGGAGCCCUGGUGACACUUUCACUGCCAUCUGCACCCCGUUAGGAACACCCAGCCCUGUGUCAGUGGAGCAUUCAGGAGGCUGGGGCUGGUUUUUUUCCACUACUAUUUUUGCAGAGCAUUAGCAGGCUCCUCCAGCCCCACGUGUGAGCAGGGGCUGCACUCACAGCCCCCAAAUUCUCAGCACCUUUUCAUCACCACCAGCUGCAAAGGAGGGUCCAGCAGCAGGUUGUUCCUCUCCUGUGUCUGAGCACUGUGGUGGGUGUUGUGCUGGAUGCAGAGGUUGAGGGAUUGUUGACCUGCACCACAGGACAAUCCCAAAUUUCCCAUCAGUUACAGGUGAAGUUUGAGCAUCAAAAGUUGUUGUGAACAGAGACUGGGAGCAGUUUCUUUUAUGGGGAGAUAAAAUAAACCUAUUUCAACCAAACCUGGAGGAUUUAGAAAGUUCAGGGUUGGUGAAUUUGAUUAUUGAAAUCCAUCCCUGUGCACAGACACAGCCUAAAGCAUUUGUGCCAUUUCAAUUCCCUUCAGAAAAGGGGUUUUCCUUUUAUACUGAGAUUUUGUGCUGGUCAUUCACACAGGGGUGGCUUUCUGUCCCCUGGGAGCUAUUUUUUUUUUGCUAGCCCUGGUGAGAUUCUGCAGUAAGCAGCUUUCUCCAGGAGGGAAUGAUGAAACUCAAAAAGAUGCUGGAAUUCAGUGCUUUGCUUCCUUAUCCUUAAUUCCCAAGUGCCAUCUGUCAUAAAGACAAAGCAGCUGAAAAAAAAAAAAUAAACCCAGUACACUUAAAUUUAGGAGAAACAUGCUUUGGCCUAUGAAGAUGCUAUUUAUCCAGUGGGGGGAGGGUUAGGAUUUUGGGAGAAGGGGAAGAGGAGAGUUUCCAUCUUUAACUAAAAUCUUUGCAAUCACAAGAGGGGUCCUCCUGGUGCAAGAGUCUGCAGGAUGCCAGUGCCAGCUGGGUCACAGGAGAAUGCAAAAUACAUCACAGUGGGUAGUUUAGAGAAUAAAGUGGCAUCAGAGCGGGGGGGGUUGGAUUAGAAUUAUCUAAGUCAUCAGCCUUGGAUGAAAAUGUUGCUGCAGACUCUUGUAUGGAUCUCAUCACUGUCAGAAGGUACUUAAAAAUGUGUUGAAGUGGGAUGAUAGAGAUUUAGGCUAUUUAGGCAUAGCCCUGUCUUGGUUUGAGCCAUAAAUCUGAGUAUUCCCAGAAAUAGAAUCAUCCCAGAAUGGUUUGCGUUGGAAGGGACCUUAAAGCUCAUCUCAUUCCACCCCCCUGCCAUGGCCAGGGACACCUUCCACUGGACCAGCAUCCAGCCUGGCCUUGGACACUCCCAGGGAUGGGCCAUCAACAAUUUCACUGGGCAACA